CUGAAACCCUCCUUUUGUUUCAGGAAACAAGGCUGCUUACUCUAAUUGAAGGUGUUCUUGCUGCAAAUAUUUUUGACUGGGGAUCUCGUGCAUGUGUGGAUCUUUAUCAUGAAGGAACUAUUAUUGAAAUUUACAGAAUGAGUCGCAAUAAAAUGCAGCGACCUUGGCGGGUGGAUAAUUUUGAUGUCUUCAAAGAGAGAAUGUUAGGGACGGGAGACAAGAAAAUGCCCCCUCAUAGAAGAGCUUUACUUUUUGUAGAUAAUUCAGGUGCUGACAUUGUUCUAGGGAUGCUUCCCCUGGCAAGGGAGCUACUGCGUCGUGGAACUGAAGUAGUUCUGGUUGCAAACUCACUUCCUGCUUUAAAUGAUGUGACUGCAAUGGAGCUUCCUGAUAUUGUAGCUGAGGCAGCCAAGCAUUGUGACAUUCUAAGGAGAGCUGCAGAAGCUGGAGGUUUGAUUGUGGAUGUAAUGAUUAAUACCUCAGACAGCUCUAAAGGAAAUUCGUCUUCAGUCCCCUUGAUGGUUGUUGAGAACGGGUGCGGUAGUCCAUGUAUAGACUUAAGACAGGUCAGCUCUGAGCUGGCUGCUGCUGCAAAAGAUGCCGAUUUGAUAAUUUUGGAAGGGAUGGGAAGAGCUCUUCAUACUAACCUCAAUGCUCGGUUUAAGUGUGAUGCUUUGAAGCUUGCCAUGGUGAAAAACCAGAGAUUGGCUGAAAAGUUGCUUGGAGGGAACAUAUACGACUGUAUUUGCAAAUACGAGCCUGCUAGUUUAAAGCUUCCAUGAGCAGUUGAUUUUCUGGUUUAAUCAGUAUACUUGUAGGGGAUAUGAAAGACACUUCUGGUAGACGAAAUUUUUGUUCAUAUGUAACCUUAUGUUUUAUGUUUCUUUUGUGCACAGGGCAAUAUCGUUUUUUUUUCCCCGCAAACUUUUUACUGGAUGCAUGUAGCAUUUUAUUUUAUUUUUAUAACUUUUGUGUUUUGCAAUAAUCUUUUUUUCCUGUAAUUUAUUUUGGAUAUUUGAAACAUUUUAUUAUAUAAAAUCAUCGUUAGAAGGGUUUUCUAAUUA